AUUUUUCAAAAGUUUAUACAAGUAAUACAUUCGUACCAUUAAAAAAAAAAGACAAAUGGGAAAUAUAUAAAAUCAAAGAAUCUGCCUGCCCCUUCCCCCGCCCUCUGCCAUCCCAAGGGUGACUGAAGUUUAUGUCAUUUUCCAGGCCCCCUUCCUGUGUAUUAAAUUCUCACAUUAAUUAAUAUUGCUUAGAUGUGUUCAGAUAAAUAUAUUUAAUCACAGCUUUAAAAUUUCAAGGAAAACGUCUUGAUCCCCUCCAAAGAAUACGGAGCCUGCCUUUUUUGGUCUUUUGUUGGGGAACUGACUCCAAGAUUUCCUGAAAGUUUCUCCCACGUGGCUGAAAUUCCUCAUAAAAGAUUUAAUGAGCAAGUUUAACCACCCGAAUUCUGUAACCCAGCCUGUCUUAUAUAAAUUCAUGGCUGACUUCAAAAGCCUGGCGAGAUAAGCCAUACUCUGGCACACGGGCGAUAGCCUCGGAAGGGGCAAGUUUUUAUAACUUGGAGGAUUGAUUUGAUGGUCUCGUUUCAAACAAUUGAGUUCAUUUUGACGCUAAAAGCAAACCGUUUGGAGCUGAGCCCUGGCCCAGGCCUGAGGAGGAGCGUGGUUCCCUAAAGUCUCUGGUGGUACCUGGGGUGCUCCCUUAGCUGGUCGUGUUGUGAGCCGUGGGGGUGGCGUGGGCCACGGGCCGCCUGUUCUGGCCUGGGCCAGCAGUAGCUGAAGCCAUGUCUUGAUCCCUUUGUGCUGUGCACUUCUACGAAUCUCAUGAGCACCUCUGUGGUCUGUGAGUGACAGCCUCGCUCCCCUCUCUCCCCCCCAAACCUUUCUCCUGCAGCCCUGAGAGCAGGGCACCCUGCGACGGGGCGGCCCCAACCUGCUUCAGAGGCCCUGGCGCAGCCCUGGUCCCGGGUACCCGAUGCAGCGUGCGUGGUGGCAGCCUUGCACGUCCGUUCUGCAAGAGGAAAAGAGCAGUGGGUUCCGGUUGAAGCCGCCAACGCUGAUCCAUGGCCAGGCCCCCAGCGCAGGUCUGCCAAGCCAGAAGCCCAAGGAACAGCAGCGAAGCGUGCUUCGCCCGGCGGUGUUACAAGCCCCGCAGCCAAAGGCACUGUCACAGACCGUCCCCAGCAGCGGCACCAACGGCGUCAGCAUCCCAGCAGACUGCCCGGGGGCCGCGACAUCGACGCUGCCCGACAACCCCGCCCGGAGGAGUCCCUCUGACGAGGCGCGAGCACUCGAGGAGAAAGAGCCCCCGAGAGGUGAGCCUAGCAACCCUUCUGAGGAGGACAGCUGUGAGCAGAAGGAGCAGGUUGCACAGCAGGCGUUUGUGUUCGGGCAGAACUUGAGGGACAGAGUUAAGUUAAUAAACGAGAACACUGAAGCAGCCGACGUGGAGAAUGCCGGCCACCCCAGCUCAGAAACGCCAACCGCGACCAACUAUUUCCUUCAGUAUAUCAGCUCCAGUUUAGAGAAUUCGACCAAUAGUGCCGACGCCGCCAGCAACAAAUUCGUGUUUGGCCAGAACAUGAGCGAGCGCGUGCUGAGCCCACCCAAACUAAAUGAGGUCACUUCAGAUGCCACCAGGGAAAACUCGGCUGCCGAGUCCGGGUCCGAGUCCUCGUCCCAGGAGGCCACCCCUGAGAAAGCUAAUCACAUUUCAGAGUCCCUGGCUGAGUCGGCGGCCGCCUACACCAAGGCGACGGCGCGCAAGUGUUUGUUGGAGAAGGUGGAAGUCAUCACCGGGGAGGAGGCGGAGAGCAACGUGUUACAGAUCCAGUGUAAGCUGUUCGUCUUUGACAAGACCUCGCAGUCAUGGGUGGAGAGGGGCCGGGGGCUGCUCAGACUCAACGACAUGGCCUCCACCGACGACGGGACGUUACAGUCGCGACUAGUGAUGCGGACCCAGGGCAGCCUGCGGCUCAUCCUCAACACCAAGCUGUGGGCCCAGAUGCAGAUGGACAAGGCCAGUGAGAAGGGCGUCCGCAUCACGGCCACGGACGCCGAGGACCAGGGCGUCAAGGUCUUCCUGAUCUCGGCCAGCUCCAAGGACACCGGGCAGCUGUACGCGGCCCUGCACCACCGCAUCCUGGCUUUGCGCAGCCGCGCGGAGCAGGAGCAGGAGGCCAAAACGCCCGCCCCGGAGCCCGGGGCCGCCCCGUCCAACGAGGACGACAGCGACGACGAUGACGUCCUGGCUCCGUCGGGAGCCACCGGAAGCGGCACUGGUGACGAAGGGGACGGGCAGACGGCCGGGAGCACAUAGCGCCGGGAGCCGGCCACCCGCGAGCCUGCUGCUUUGUCCGUCUGUCCGCCCGCCCGCCCUUCCCGCCAGCAGCGUCGCGGCGCGGGGCCCGGGAACCACACUCCCCGCUGGGUUGGCCACAGUCUGGAUCCGCGCGUCCCGUUCAGAAGCAGCCUCGGGAACUGCCUGAACGUGGUUUGGGACACGAGACCUCAUCAUAUUGAUGAGCAAACAAAAGAGAACAUUUCUUCCCUCCCCUCCUUUGAAUUGAGAUGGCACAUUAAGACUUGUCACGGCUUCACUGGGACUGGGACGCCUUGUUUCUUCACCCCACCCUCCUCGUGUCGCCGGCCUCUCCCCACUGCCGCCCACCCCGGGGGUCCCCGCCGCCUGCCCGGGCUGCCGGGUCUGUCCACACAAGCGUCAACACUGGGCCUGCUGGACGUCCUGUUAACUACUCACUUUAUCUUCGUUUCCCCCGUUCUGAUUUGGGGUGUAUGUUUUCAGAUCUUUUUAUUCCCCCCAAGGCUUUGUUUUUGGUUUCUUAGAUUAAGAUGCUCCUGUGCAUUUAGCA